UGCUGUUGUUGGCAUUCAUUCUCGGACCCACCGAACGGACACUGUAUCUAUCCCGAAACAGAAGGCUUUACCAGCCGUACCAGCCGUCGAAGACUUCAAGCUAAACACGAAAAUACCGAUGCCCAUUACCCAGAGAAUGCACGGAUUUUCAAACCCCUUUAUUUGUAAAAACAAAAACAAAAACAUAGGGAGAGGGGAGAGAUCUCCCCAGCCCUCACGCAUCCCCCUCCUCCUCGCUGAUGUCAGCCUCCUCAUGACCAGCCUCCUCAUCGGGCUUGCCCGCGUCCUGCUUAUCCUCCUCUCCCUUGCUCUCCUCUUCCUCAAAGUUGUAAAGGAUGGCGUUGCCGUGAGCGGCGGCGUCUUCGCCGGCAUCGACCUCAAGUUCUGCCAGGAACUCGGCCAGGAACUCGAGGAUAUCGACAAAUUCGCUGAUGGUCUUGAGGGUUGUGCGGCCGCCCUUGGGGGUUGUGUUGACUUCGCUGGGAGCGGUGAUGGUAGUCAUGGUUAUUUUAUCGAGUGGUUGUCGUUGUGUGUGCGGGUUAUUAGUUGUUGGUUGUUUGUGCUCGGUGAUGGCGCGAGAUGGAGGUUUAUUUCGAUGGUUGUUGUGAUUGUCGUUGCUGGUGAAGAGAAGGUGAAGGUGGAGAAGAAGAGGAAGAAGAAGGGAAGAAAUGGUGAAAGGUGGGGAGAAUAAAGGGAGAGAGAGCCGGUUCAUGGACUUGCGGGUCGCCAUUGAAGUGCGCAGGUGUCGAGGGACCAUUGGGUCUCGACGUGAUCACUCGGCUCGGAAUGACGCCAGCGCUCACACAAAUCGUUCCCCAUCACCAAGUGCCAGCGGUCGCUAUGUUUCUCUCGGUUCCUUAAGCUGGAGUACCACAUACUCUCAAACUCAUAU